AUGACUGCAACAUUGUCUCUGUCUCGUCGCCUCUUCCUUCAAUGUGCCCGUCGCCACUCACUCCGAUCACUGGCCAAACCCAAAGUAGGUUUGCGUCGUCUGCAAGCGUCACUGGCGGGUGUACAACCAACGUUUGGGAACCCAUCACCGCUAUCUUCUCCAUCAGAAACUGCAUCUCCUCAAGCAAAUCAACGUUCUUCUAGCGUUUCCGUCGGAACCCCUGCUUACCGAGUGCCGGAGAGGAGACGGAGAAGAUGGUUAGCACCGUCAGAAGAGACACCAAUAUCGAAAUAUGAAGAAAUGAUCGAGAAUGGCAUUCUUCGUCCUGACGAACACCAAAGGACCAUCAUCGAAAAGCUCCAACGACUGCACGAUGACUUGCGUGACUACGAACAACCUCCUGUGGCCGAAAUAUUGCAGCGCAUGUUUGGGGGUUCCAAUGAAGUUCUUCCGGAGCCUCCGUCUGACUUACCCCGAGGCUUAUACUUAUAUGGCGACGUCGGAACAGGAAAGACAAUGCUCAUGGACCUUUUCUAUAUUACAUUGCCGGCAAAUAUCAAGCGAAAAGAGCGCGUCCAUUUUCAUGCCUUUAUGAUCGAUGUACACAAACGCCUCCACGCGUACAAGUUGGCACAUCCUCAUGACGGAGCGGACCCCGUCCUACCUAUUGCACGGGACCUAGCAAAAGAAUUUAGCGUAGUUUGCUUCGACGAGUUUCAGGUGACCGACAUUGCAGUCGCCAUGAUCUUGAGGAGACUCUUGGAAUGCAUGCUGAGCCGGCACCCAACGGAGCUGUAUAAACGGGGAAUCCAACGAACUAGCUUCGUUCCAGCCAUCGAGCUGAUCAUGAAGGAGUAUGAUGUUACGGAUUUGGACUCGGGUACAGACUACCGCAAGAUACCAAGAGCACUUUCAAAUGUCUACUUUCAGCCUCUCACUAAGGAGAACAAACAGGAGAUUCUCAAGAUUUUCGAUGGGCUCACUGCCAACGAUGGCCCUAGGGUAGAGGAGAAAAAGUUGGUGAUCUGGGGACGUAAUGUAAAGAUCCCUGAAAGUAGUGAUAAUGUCGCCAAAUUCUCCUUCCAAGAACUCUGCGGACAGCCAUUGAGCGCCGCGGAUUACCUAGAGAUCACCAAAAGAUUCCCCACAGUCUUUGUGCUCGAUGUGCCAAAGAUGAAUCUUAACCACAAGGACAUGGCAAGACGAUUCAUCACAUUCAUUGAUGCGUGCUACGAGAACCAUACCAAGCUUUUUGUUUCGUCUGAGGUGCCUAUCUAUCGUAUUUUCUCUGAUGAUACUGGAGGGCAACAAGCAAAAGAGAAAACCGAUCAUAUUCGCUCCAUUAUGGAUGACCUAGGCAUUUCAGAUCAACAAGUAGGCACCACGUCUAUUUUCGAUGGAGAAGAAGAACUAUUCGCCUUCGCACGAGCGUGCUCCCGCCUGAUUCAGAUGGGCACACAAGAAUGGGCCCUGACCGCCGGGCAAGAAAAUAAGCAUGCCGUUACCCUUUAG